AUGGAGACCUCUGGGGAGCCGCAGAAGGAGGAGAAGCUCAUCGAGCUCUUCGACUCCUUCAGGGACUUGUUCAACUUCUUUUGCUCCAACACCACCAUCCACGGCUCAGUGCGGCUCGUCUGCUCCAGCCGCAACCGGCUGAAGACGGCCUUCUGGAGCCUGCUCUUCCUGGCCACCUUCGGCAUGCUCUACUGGCAGUUCGGGCUCCUCUUCGACGACUACUGGAAGUACUCCGUCAUCAUGACGGUGUCCGUCCACUCGGAGCCCAAGAUGUUCCCGUCCAUUACGCUCUGUGACACGAACCCUCACAGGUCCCCGCUUGUGGAACAGUACCUGGAGAACUUGGAUGAAUUUGCCCAGGAGAACAUCUAUUCCUUAUACAAGUUAAAUAUCACUAGAAGACAAGCAGGGGGUCAAGGCGGUCCAGCUGCCAGCCCCAACUCUGGCUCGCCUUUUCGCCUCGACCGAAGGAUCUAUCUGGAGGAGCUGAACGAGGGGAACGUUCACAAAGUGGGGUUCAGGCUGUGUAACAGCACGGGCGGGGACUGCUUCUACCGCAGCCACUCCUCGGGGGUAGCCGCCAUCCAAGAGUGGUACCAGUUCCAUUUCAUCAACAUCCUGGCCCUGCUGCCCCACCACAACGAGACGUCCCACACAGACCACGAUGGCCACUUCAUCUUCACCUGCUGCUACAAUGGCGAGGCCUGUCAGAAGCAAGACUAUGAGACCUUCCAUCAUCCUGUCUAUGGGAGCUGCUACACCUUCAAUAGCCGAGGAAUGAAUGACUUCUGGAAGGCCAACCGGCCUGGGCUCACUCAUGGAAUCAGCCUCAUUCUCAAGGCCGAGCAGAACAAUCACCUCCCACUGCUGACCACCGAGGCGGGGGUCAAGGUCAUGAUCCAUGCCCAGAACCAGGUGCCUUUCCUGGAGCACCAGGGCUUCAGCAUUCGCCCCGGCACCGAGACCACGAUCGGAGUGAGGGAGGACGAGGUGCACCGGCUAGGGGGGCAGUACGGCCAUUGCACAAAGGAUGGCCAGGACGUGGAUGUCCAGCUUCUCUACAACAGUGCCUAUUCCAUGCAGGCGUGUUUGUACUCCUGCUUCCAGGAACUGAUGGUCCAGACCUGUGGCUGCGGUUACUACUUCUACCCCCUCCCAAAGGGGGCCCAGUAUUGCAACUACAAUCGGCAUCCAGCCUGGGGUCACUGCUUCUACAAACUGUACCAGGACCUGGAGUCACACCGGCUCCCCUGCUUCAGCCGCUGCCCCAAGCCCUGCUGGGAAUCUUUGUACCAGCUCUCAGCCGGGGUCGCCAAAUGGCCAUCAGCAAAGUCAGAGGACUGGAUCCUGACCACCCUGGGCAAGAAGGACGCUUCGAGGACUAAGAGGAACAGCAUCGCCAAGGUCCACAUUUUCUACCAGCACCUCAAUUACCGCUCCGUGGACGAGACUCCGACGUACUCGGUCACCCAGCUCCUGUCCAGCAUGGGCAGCCUGUGGAGCCUGUGGUUUGGGUCCUCGGUGCUCUCCGUCAUGGAGAUGCUGGAGCUCCUCCUGGACGCGGCGGCCCUCACCUUCGUCCUGGGCUACCGCCGGUUCUUGGAACCGAGGCAAAGGAGCGUGGAGGCUCCGGAGCGGGCCGAAGAUGGAGCGAGGGCCCUGUCCGUCCAGCAGGACCUCUCUCGGCUGCCCUGGAAGAUGGAGGCGGCCGCAGGAAGCUACCUUUCGGGAAGGGGCCCACAGCAGGCACCUCCUGUUGGCAUCGCGCUCCAGGGGCGAUUCCAAGAGCCCUGGAAGCCAGGGCCGAAGACCUAG